AUCAUGAUUUAAAAAAUUAUCGGUUCUACAAAAUCAUGUAUGGAAUUUUAAGGAAGGUGGCGUUUCACGCAAUACAGGUAUGUAUCGAUUGUAUGUGUGGGGUGGCCGGCAUGAGUGAAGGCCGACGAAUGGGACACAAUUUUCGUAACGGCUCUUUGCGAAACUUAAAACUGUUCGGAUAAACCGGGAUAAACUGAACGAUGAGCAUGAACGUGAGAUGAUGCCAGGCACGUCUCGCCAAUUAGGAACUUUGAACGGCUGGCAGAUGUUCAAUAGUUUUUUACAAUUCAAUACAAUUGAGGGAUGCAAAGCGUGCCAACAACGUUUUCAAUAUACGAGUAUUGUCUUUAUAGUCCUGAGUGGGACACAUUGAUGGAGGUUCAUCAUGAACCAAUUGAGAAAAACUACAAACUAUUGGAAGAAAUUGGCAAAGGACAAUUUGCAAUAGUACGAAAAUGUAUGGAAAUAAAGACUGGGGAGUUAUAUGCUGCCAAAAUUAUGAGAAAAAGACGCGUUGCCAGAGGUGUGGCAGCAGCAGAUAUUGCUCGAGAAGCAGGUUUAUUAGCAAGGCUAAGGCACCCAAAUAUUGUUUCAUUGCACAAAGUUGUAGACACAGGCACAACAGUUGUUUUACUCUUAGAAUUAAUUUCUGGAGGGGAACUCUUUCAUUGGGUACCAUCUGGUGAAUUAGAAGCUGCACAUGUGGUUCGACAAGUUUUAAUGGCACUUAAUCAUUUACAUUCUCAUCAAGUUGCUCAUUUAGAUAUCAAACCUGAAAACAUUCUUUUAUCAACCCCUCCACCAAUGCCAAGUAUAAAGUUAAUAGAUCUAGGUCUUUCGCAUAGACUGAUACCUGGGUCUGAACACAGAGCACUAUUUGGUACACCUGAGUUUGUAGCUCCAGAAAUUGUAAAUUAUGAACCACUCAGUUUAGGAACUGAUCUUUGGGCAGUUGGUGUUCUAACAUACAUUCUUUUAAGUGGUGCAUCACCAUUUUUAGGUGAAGAUAAACAAGAAACUUAUGCAAAUGUUGCUGCAUGUCAAUAUCAAUUUGACAAUGAAUAUUUCAGUACAGUAUCUGAAAUUGCCAAAGACUUCAUACGAUCCUUGUUGAUCAAGGAUCCAAAAGAAAGAGGAACUGCAGAAUCGUGCCUUAAACAUCCUUGGAUCCUCACGGAAUCAGAAGCCUCUCAAGGUCUUGGUGAAGCUAUGAUUAGCGCUGUUAAACGAGGCUGUAUUGAGGCUGUUUCUCAGUUAUUACUGCAAGGAGCACCAUUGAAUGUAAAAGAUUCUAAAGAAGACACACUUUUACACCUUGCAUGUGAAACAGGAGAUGAAGGAAUGGUAACUUUUUUAAUAGAAAGUGGGAUAGAUCUGGAUACCCCUAAUAAAAAAGGCUUAACACCACUACACGUGGCUGCUAGGCAUGGUUUCAUUAAUCUUGUUAGACAUUUGUGCCUUGCCGGUUGUGAUGUUGACAAGACAAAUCGAGGAAUUAGGGCUGAUGUAACAGCAAUUAAAUACGGACAUCCUGAUAUUGCAUCACUAUUGGAUAAGCUUCGAAACCCUAUUCAACGCGAAAAUUACAUUAAACAGCUACAACCAACACACAGACCAAUAGAUCGUUUACACAUAAGACUUUUGGGGCACUGUGCAUCGGGAAAAUCAUCUUUAAUAAAUUCUUUAAAAUCAGGAAUUUUUAGUUUCGGAUUCUUUAGAAGAUCAAGAAGUCAGAACUAUACAGCAAAGAGGGAACCAAGCAUUGAACUAGAUGUAACUAGCAAGCAUGGUUCACUUAGUUUUGAAUAUAGCGACAAUGAAUACGAAGGUACACAAGGAGUAGAUUGGAGCCGCGGUAACGUAGGCGGAGAAUGUAUCUUUUGGGAAUUAUGCGGUCGCGAAGACUUUUUAGCAUCUUAUCAUUAUGUUCUUACUUUUCAACAACCUGCCGUACACCUUAUCACAGUUAGCCUUAGAGAACCUCUCACUGUGCAACUUCAGCAAGUAAAAUUUUGGUUGCGAUUUAUCACAGAUCGUAUCGCGCCUACUAAUUUUGGUUUCGGUGGCAAAUACAAUGAUGUUAAAGUAAUCUUAGUUGGAACUUAUGCUCCCGAACCUCUUGCUCCAAAUUCAAAUAGUGGUAGUCUACUUGCUCCACUUUUACCUUUUUUGAAAGAGUUUACACCAGUUUUGGGAGAUGAACCUCAAAUGGUCGCAGUAGAUGCAACUAACCCUUCUAGUCCUGGUCUAAAACUUCUAAGAUCUUACUUGAAUAAUGCAAGGAUGGAAUUUUUAGAGGAAGGACCGGAAGUUGCAGAAAGUAUUCUUCGACGUGACACGCCGCGGGCCGCGGCCUCGUAUGUGCCCUUGGCGAAUCUUGAUAAACAGAGUGCAUUAGUGUGGACUGGUCUUGCCGAAGCUUGGAGGUCGUAUGUUCAAUCUUUAGAGGUACCUCUGGUAAUGCUUACACAGGAAGAAUUUUUGAGGGAAGUGAGAAAAAUUAAUCCGUUAGUUUGUUUAGAACAUUGUAGACAUCUUGGACUACAGUUACAGAAUUUAGGAGAAUGUAUGCUUCUUCCUGGAAAUUUAAUAGUGUUAAGUCCAGAGUGGUUUUGGCAGGAUGUAAUAAAUUGGCAGUUAAGUCCUGAACAAAGAGGACGUCUCGGAGGUCGUACAACAGGAGUUUAUGCUUUAGAGGAUUUUCAGGCUCGUUGUCCUUGUCCUGCAGGCCAGGCCUUGCAAGCUUUGCAAGCUGUGAAUUUAUGUGUUCCGUGCGAAGUGGACGAUGAUGAAGUGGAAUAUGAGAUACCCUGUUUGAAUCUCGUUGAACGUUUACCAGGAUUAUGGGAACCAUGGAAACCGUGUUCCAAUAUUUUACCUCAUACCGGUCUUCGUCUUUCUCCAUCCGAAGCACCUUUGUAUCAUUUAAUUGCAAUAUUCCCACACUUGCAAUCACAGUUAAGGAAGAUCACUCAAUCGUGGGAUCCAUCAAAUUCAGAUUUAUAUCAAUGGUGGCGAGGAUCAAAAUUAUGUAUCGGACCUUGCGAAAGUAUAAUCACUUUCGAAGAUGAAGAUCAAAGUUACGUAGAAGUAAGAGUACGCGGACCACGAGGUACCAGCGCUCAGUGUUUCGCUCUUCUCAGUAUUAUUCUUGAUGCUGUUGAGACAACCAUAGAAUUAGUUGCUCCUGGGAUGUUACUUGAAAGACAUUGGUUAAGUCCUAGCCAGCUUCGGGAGUAUGACGAAAUUAUACAUUCUUGGGAACCAGCGCCGAUGAUAUCCGCUUUGAUAGACAAAGGUCUUGAAGAAGCAACUCUUAAAAAUCCUUUGAACGGUAAAGAAGAAACUGUAUGGGAAAUAGUAGGAUGUGGAUUACCGUUGAUAGAAAAUUGUCUUCCUGGACCAAAACAGCCAAUCAAGUACAUCAAAUCUGCUGUUCAAAGAAGAUUAGCGCAGAUGUUGGAUCCUCCUGAUCGUCACGGGAGAGACUGGUGUUUACUCGCUGUAAGACUUGGUUUGGGAGAUCGAGUUGCUCAGUUAGAUAGCACAGUAGAUAGUCCAACGUUGAGGUUACUUAACAAUGCUGGCGCUGAUUGCACUGUAGGUUCUUUAAUACUACAGCUUCGAGCUCUUGAUCGUGAAGAUGCUGUACAUCUUUUGCUUUCUUAUACACCAACAUACAUAUUAUCAACAGGUACUGAUUCCGAAACAGGAUCAAAUCUUUCCAGAUGACAAUGUUGCAUUUAUCAAUGGUGCGUUAAUACUUUUUAAAGACGGAUUUCUGAAGCAAAUUUUUUCCCAUACGAUGGGUUUGAUAGACUUAUUACAUCACUGCUUCCGCCCAAACAGUAAAUUGUGCAUUGCUCUUUAAGCUAAGUACGUGCAUUGUAAUAGUACAUUUUCUGUGUACUUCCUUAGAAGUAUAUUAAAAUGCACACGCACUGAUAUGUACUUUUGUAUACAAAAUAUUAGAAUGCACUUUGAGUGGCACAAAUUUCAUUUAACUUGUUCUUUUUAUUAUUAAGUACUUACGUACAUUUUGUAUUUGAAAAGUUGCAUAAUUUACACGAAUUUGCAUGUGUUUUCUUAUGAACUUUUAUAACACAUGAUAAUUUAAGUAUAUUUGUUAGCAUAACAAGAAAGUAUUUAUAAUUCUACGUUUCUGUUAGGUUUUGAAAUAUUUACUUAACAAGAUUUAUUACAAACGAAUAAUUUUUAAUAACUAAAGUUUCAUUUUUAAUUUUAAAGUCUACUCGUAAGCAUUUGUAUUGUGAUAUUACAUUAAUUGCAUCUUUCAUCGAGUUUCUUAAGUGAAUUUAUAUUAGAGAAAUAAUUCUAAGUAAUAUGUGUACACACGUGUGACCCAUACGAAAAUGCAUUUACACACUAUAAAACACGAUACUAUCGUAUUUGAUACUAAUAUUGUUUUGAAAGCUUUUCUUGAUAUGCAUAUAUACUCUACCAUGCCAAAACUCAGUGUCAAUACGCGCUGCUUUCUAUGAUAUUUAGAAACUAUUUACGCGAGAAAAAGGAGUGAAACAGUUCGCACAAUUAUUUGCUUUUUCUACAUCUAUGGAAGCUCUAUUCUUACGUGGAUAUAUCUUUUACUAAAUCGACAUUCCUGCGAUGUUUGUUAUGUGCCAUAAACGAUACUUGCUCAUCGUAUCUAUUAAAGCGUUCAAACAUUUCUCUGAACUAUCAAAAUUGAUCCUUUUUUUUUUAUAUGGAAACUAAGUACUUUCUCAUUAACAAAGCCGAAGCUUGCAACACGAAGGAUCACUUGUUCAACAAAUUUCAGUAGUUGUUUUGUAAAUUUAAGAACAUUAAAACAUGGUGCACCGUUCGUAUGCGACACGCAUGGAUAUUAUAUCAUUAAACCAGUGAAGUUUGUUGUUCGUGGAGGAUUUAUUCUUUGAACAUGUGUCUAUUAUGUAAUCUCCACUAUUUAAAUGUAACGUGUUAAGUAGAGUAUCGUUUGUAUUCUUACUUUACCUAACACGACGUUUGAUACAGAUCUUGAAACACGCGAAAAUGUUUCUUUGUAUUAGAAAAAUAUUUGUAAGGUGUAUCUAAGAUACUUCUGUUAUCUCUGUGUUCUAUUUCUAUGUACGUGUUUAUUGUGAAAUGAACAUUUAUUAUACACCCUAUAAAGUGAUACAGACUUUUGGUACUGAUGUACUUUUCUAAAUUAGUACUUUUCAAGUAUGUACGCAUUUCUCACGCACUGUGUUCAUCUUACAUUUACACGUUGAUGUUCAACACGCUGAAUUUUCUAAUGUUUCCUGUUUGCUAAUCGACUGUUUUCGCACUUUAUACGUAUGAUUCUGUAAAAAUGUUCGAUUGAAGAUUUUCAAUCGCUUGGUAUUUGUUAAUUAAUUGUACGACGUUGUUUAUUCGUUUUGCAAUCUCGUUGAAACAACAGCCGAUCUUUGUAACGACACAUUCGAUUUCUCUAAAUACGCAAAUUUUAGUAUUUGCAUUUCAUAAUGUUUGCUUAGUACAACGUAGGAGUAACGACAUAAGCGUUAAUUAAGGCGAAAUUUAACAGCACGAAGGUUCGCGCAGAAUAAUAAAUUCUAAGGCUACGAUAAAUCGUUGUUAUUUAUAUAUCUUGUAAUAAAAAAGAAACGCUAGAACAAUAGAGAUUUUCAUUUUGUUGUAAUUAAUAGAAUUUACAUUUUUCUAGUUUUUAUAAUAACUUCGAUGUCAUACGAAAUUGCCCUUUCUAAAACUGGCCUGUAAAUUCGCUUCAAAAAACCUAACAAACCUAACUAAUUAGUUUGAUGAACUGUGUCAUUAGCAAAUCGAUUUCGUAAGAUUGUAAUCAAAAUCGACAUAGAAAUAUCGUGUUAGCGUUCCCUUGAACAUUAAAAAAUAUUGACGGGUAAAAGAGUUACUGUUAAAUAGAAAUAUCUCUAUAAGUUUCUAAAACGUAACGUAAAUUAGAUUAAGAAAUCGUGCUCUUAAAUUAAACGCUGUUAAAGUGUCAAGAAUUUGCGUGCCGUUUGAUUUAAUAGAAUGUACUUAAGUUUCUUGUCGGAACCUUUGUGAAAACAUCUGGUCGAUGGUAGUGAAAGCUAACACGAAUUCUGUAUAACAAUUAUACGCUGCGCAUUUAUUUGUAAUUACAAGAGAUAAGAAAUACAUUAGCCGAAUGAAUGUGUAAUUAUUCCUUUUAUACUAGAGAAAAGAUGUCAAAUAAAAUUACGUUGCUUCAUAA